GACGAUUCGGAAGUGUCUCGGCCACUGUGCUCCUCUCCCUUUUCUUCUUCUCUCUGGACGAUGGUGAAGGCCGGCUUAUUCGAGGUGGUGGCGGUGUGUGUAGCGCUAAUGGCCGCGCUGGCAGCCACGCACGCACGCUCGGAGCGCCGAAAGCGGCAGAAGUUCGCACUGCAGCAGCCGCUGGUCACCUCCAAGAGUGAACUGGAGCUGGUGAAGGACAUCGUGUACAUUAACAAUUCGACGGAUCCCAGCGCUAGCUUCCGUAUGGGGCAUUCGAGGCAUAUGCUAAACGUUGAGGGCAAUCAGAUCCUCGUAGUUGGUGUGUGUGGCGGCUCCGGCUCGGGCAAGACCACGCUCUCGCGCGCCAUUAUGGCGGAGUUUGGCGCUGGUCGCGUGUCAUACCUCUCACACGACUACUACUACAAGGACUUGGCCCAUCUCACCAUGGAGCAGCGUGCCAAGCACAACUUUGACCACCCGGAUGCCCUUGAGACCGAUCUCAUGGUCAAGCAUCUCAAGCAACUGCGCGCCGGCAAGACUGUGGAUGUGCCCAUCUAUGACUUCAGUACGCACUCUCGGUGCGAAGCUACCACCCCAAUGAAGCCCAACAGCGUUAUCCUGGUGGAGGGAAUUCUUAUUUUUGCGGACCAAGCGCUCGCCGACCUCAUGGACAUUAAGAUUUUCGUGGAGACGGCUGCGGACAUCCGCCUCGUGCGCCGCUUGCACCGCGAUAUGGAAGAGCGCGGCCGCACUGCUGAGUCGGUCAUGGACCAAUACAUGAAGACGGUACGCCCCAUGCACAUGAUGUUUGUAGAGCAGUCGAAGCGCGUGGCGGACAUCAUUAUCCCGCACGGCGUCAACUCGGUGGCUCUCGACAUGAUCAUCUCCAAACUUCACAAUUUUACGGCUGGGCACAGCGCAACAGGCAGCAGUAGGUCCAGCAGCGAGCGCUCUGACUCGAUCGAGGAGGCGCCAAGCGCGUAG